AUGCGCGUGGUCUGGCUCUCGCUCGCCUUUGCCUCGCCGGGCUUUUCCGGAAACUGCUUUGCCGCUCGAGCAUACGUCCGUGCCCUCCUUGCCCGUGGCCACUCGGUCGACGUUGUCUGCGCCGUCCCGCUCGCCGAGCAUCCGUCGGCGACUGCUCUCACGCUCACGCCGCUCGGCAGCGGCCCGGUGCCGGACAUGGCCCCGGUCCCGAUCAAGGACUCCAACUCUGUCUGCUCCUCGGUGUGCUCGACGCAUCCGGCCUUUGCCUUUCUCGAUGAUUGGGAGGCUCGCCCGACCGUCUGGGCCUACCCGGUCUCGAGCUGGUACAAGGUCGAUGCCUCUGCGCCGCACGCCGAGUGGGCGGCGGCGAUUGAAGCGGCUGCGGCGGCUGGUGAAGGCUCGACUCCGCGGUUGGAGGAGGCAGACUCGCUGGUCUUUGUUGACUUUACCUCGUUGGGUGCUCUCGAUGCGCUUGCAGCAAGGUGUCAGAGCCUCCCGCGCUCGCUCUUCCUCCCGUACAGGAUCUACAGCACCGAUCCCGGGCUGGCCCAGGAUGCGGCUGCCACAUAUGCGGCUGUCGAGACACGUUGUGUGGCUCGAGCAGAUGGCGUCGCGGUCCUCUCUUCGCUUGAUGGCGAGCGCCUAGCUAGCCUGUGCGAGACCGAGACCGAGCUGGCGGUCCUCUGGCCGCCGCUGCGGAGUGCUGUGGCGACGCUUGCGGCGGGCGCAGACAUUUGUCCAGAUAACGUGGCAGCCUACGUCGAGGCGGUCGAGGCAUGCGCCGGCGAGCUUGCUGCUGCGGGCAUCGUCCCAUUCAUGUGCGGCGCCGCGCCUGACGCCGCCUACGCCGAGGCCAUGUACGCGCGAGUCCUCACCGCAUGCCCUGAUACGCACAUUAUUCGCGGCUCGUUGAGCACGACGGAGCUAGGCGAGGCCUUUGCCCGUGCUGUCGUCAACGUCCAUCCGGCCACUUACGAGCCGUGGGGUAUGACCCUCGCCGAGGCGGCAGCCUUUGGCACGGCAACCGUCUGCCACGCCGAGACUGCCAACAUUGGCGUUGUCCGCGAUCUGCUUUGCGAGCCCGGGGUGACUUUUGUGGCCAACAUGGACGCUCCUCCCGACGCGCCGGACUCGCUUGCCUCAGUCCUUCGCGGCAUGCUUGCCGCUGGCACUUUUCGCGAGCUUGCCGCCGAAGCCGGCGCCGCUGCGCGUGAGCUCGCGGUCGGCUGGCAGGAGGACCAACUUGGGGCUCGGCUGGAGGAGCUGCUGGUGAGCUGA